UAUUUUUCCACGUGUGUUUUUAAUAGUUAAUUUCAAUUAAUUGAAAACAAAUAAUUAUAAUGCCAGUAAUGCAGAGAAUAAAGAAACCUACCACACGUAGGGGUAAAAAAGUAUUGCUUGCUAAAGAGCCUAAGCCCGUCGAAGGGCCAAAGCAAUGCCUCUUCAUGCAAGGACGCAAUCCGUCAGAGCGCACCAGAAAACUAUUGAAGGACAUCUAUGACUUGAAAAAGCCAGAUGCUGCAUAUUUUACCCGUAAAAAUGACUUUGUACCAUUUGAAGAUGCAUCACUUAUUGAAAAGUUGUGUGACAAAAAAGAUGCUGCAUUGUUUGGAGUGGGUUCACAUUCCAAAAAGAGGCCACACAACAUAAUAUUGGGAAGGACCUUCAAUUACUCAAUAUUGGAUAUGAUAGAGCUCGGAGCUGAGAACUUUAAAGCAAUGUCAGAUUUCCAGAACAUGAAAGUCCUUGCGGGGCUCAAACCUUGCCUGUUAUUCAACGGGCCAGCCUGGGACUUGAACGAAGACUUAAAAAGAUUAAAGUCAUUGUUCACUGAUUUCUUCUACAGAGAAAAGGUUGAGACAAUCAGGCUGCAGGGCUUGGAGCAUGUACUCAGUUUCACAGCCACAGAUGACGGUAUGAUUUACCUGAGGUCAUACAGGAUACUGCUAAAGAAAAGUGGUCAGAGGACACCUCGAGUGGAAUUGGAGGAAAUUGGCCCAUCAAUAGAUUUCAAACUGAGAAGAACUAAGUUAGCAGCAAAUGAUCUCUUCAAAGAAGCUUGCAGGAUUCCAAGAGAAGCCAAGACAGGUGUUAAAAAGAAUAUCUCCAGAGAUGCAUUUGGUUCAAAGUUGGGUCGCAUUCACAUGGGCAAACAAGAUAUCGGCAAACUACAGACUCGAAAGAUGAAGGGUCUCAAGAAAACAACAGAAGAGAAGAAACAAAUGCUCCUGAAAAAGAAAAAGGCAAAGAAAGCUGCCAGCCAAGCCGAAACAAAAGCAUAAAUAAAUGGAUUUGUUACAAAAAUCACUUAUUUUUAUUUAUUAA